AUCAUACAUACACCUAGUUUUGUUUUUACGAAACAAAAACAAAUAUUGAAAAAAUAUUUCGAAAGAAGUGCCUUUACAGAAAUGUGAAAUGUGAUCUAAUAAAUAUGUGUCAUCUUUAUUAAAGUGGUAAAAACGUAUUUAUAAUCAUUCAAAAGAAUAAAGAUUAUUAGAAAAUAAUGUCUAAUUGUUUCUAGUCCCACGGACACCCACACAAACACAAACAUAUUCCGUGCGUGAAAAGAAAAUGUCAACGUUUAGGUUUAAAAACGAAUCUGCGCAUGUCCAUGACAUUCAUACUGAAACUGAAACAACUCUGGUGUGUCGUUUACGGAAACAUCUUUGAGUGAAACUACCUCGUGUCCAUUACAUGUGAAGUUGUUUAGAUGCAGUAGACUACGCUAACUGCUGUCUCAACCUGAUCUCACGUAUAUAAUCACUUUGCGAAGAAAGGGAUUUUAUUUUGAAGAAAAUAUUCAAUAUGGAGUCAGAUAUAGGCCUAUUGCCUCCUUCAGGGGCCUCUACGGGUUGUCAAAUCUCCUAACCAUUAUGCCUCCUUUCCUUAACCUUUGUGGAAAUCGUCAUCGGGUCAAGGCGAGAUGAAAAGGUGCACUUCUUUCGAAGGAGCAAAUGGACCGUGGCCAGACAUGGGACAGAAUGUCCCAGAAGAAGAGUUGAGACUGAUCCUGAUUGGAAAGGUGGGAUCUGGGAAGAGCGCCUCAGGGAACACCAUCCUGGGCAAACAACACUUCCUGUCUAGGUUAAGCGGAAGCUCUGUUACCAAAGUCUGCCAGCUGAGGACCUCUGACUACCAUGUGGAGGAGGAGGCGGGGGGGACGAGGAGGAUGAGGAAGAAGGUGGUGGUGGUGGACACGCCAGGUUUUGGAGACACACACCUGACCAAGGAGCAGAUCAUCACGGAGGUCAGCCAAUGUUUGGCCCUGACGGCCCCCGGCCCACACGCCUUCCUCCUGGUGGUCCAGGUGGGACGCUUCCCAGAGGGGGAGAACCUGGCCGUCAAUAUGAUGGCUGAGGUAUUUGGUGAAGCAGCGCUCCGCAACCACACGGUGGUGCUGUUCACCAGGGGAGAUAACCUGGAGGAGCCGAUGGAGCAGUACCUGGCCUACGCACCUGCUAGGCUUGAGGAUUUGAUCCGCAGGUGUGGAGGCAGGUACCACGUAUUCAACAACCGUAAAAUAGAUGUGAAUCAAGUUGAUGAGCUACUGAGUAAGGUGGAGAAGGUUAUGGAUGACAACGGUGGAAUGUAUUACACCAAAUCCAAGGAGAAGAGGGAUAUGAGGAAGGUGGUGGGGGUGGUGGUGGUGGUGGUGGUGUUGGGUUUUGCACUUUGGUGGUGUUUGUCCCCCCACUAACCGCUAGCGCUAAGAAAAGUGAUAUAUGCAGUCCAUUUACAUUUACAUUUAACCGUGGGGGGGAUCACUAGACUGGGUAGCCCCGCCCAUUCUGCCGGCAUUCGCACUGCACAAGGGUCUGAGAAGGGCAAUACAUUUCUUUCUGCUUCCGAUACGUUUUAACGGCAGCCAAUCCCCUAGCUUGCUUCUCCCCCCCGCCGCGCUAUUGGCUGGUUUAACACAAUGACGACAUGGAAGUGGCGGCAAGCAGCCAAUUGCGUACAGAGUCAGUUGAACUAGGCCCGAUGAUCACGCAUCUUCAGCUGAAGGAAAUUGCAGCAGCUUCCCCAGACCAACGUGCAAUCUACGAGUCUGGCAAUAGCCAGGCCAGGGGAUCACAUUAGCCACAGAGGUAUUGCUAGAGAAGUUGGGGAAAUAAUCUAAUUGCCAUUAUUUUGAACAAUAUUGCGAUUAAGAUUUAAUUGGCCAUUUUUUAAUUUAUGAAGUUCCUUAUGUCCUAUUGUACUUUUCUGUAUUAUUCACUAAAAAAACAAUAAAUCAUUCUUUAGUAUGACCAACACAAUAUUUGAAGCAGUCAAUCUGCUCUUUCCUUUAGGCCAGGCCGAUGUGUUGAGAUGAAUUGAUGUAAAAACAUCCUUAUUUACUAUUAAAUUGUAAAAUAUAAAUAAAUAUAAACCUUACUGAUCCCCAGUCAGUAACGGUAACAAAGCACAAUAUAUAUAGUUGUGUAUAGAAAAUAAAGGUAUUUGGAUUCAUUUUAGACCUAACAUCAUGAGGGUUGUUUAUUUAAUUUUGCAUAAAACUGGCUUCAUAAAUGUUUUUAUUGUCGUGAUUUGUUCACUGGAAAAUAAUAAAUGAAGGAUGUAUUGAUUUCACAGUCAUAUAAAUGACUUGCAUAUU